UUUAGAUCGUUAUCUUUCUGUAAUUGGAAAGCUCGCACGUAUGGGAGGCGUCCACGUGUCACUUAAACACUUAAAGGCAAAGCAGAAGAUUCGACAUUGUACUAUACGUCGUACUUUUAGUUAUACGAGGCGAGCAAAACGAAAUCAUGGAUGUAAACAAAGAGGACGACUCGCCUUAUUAUGAUGGAUGGGCGAACAUCUAUGACAAGGAGUCAAAGGCAAAAGGCUACCAAGGACCUAACGUUGCUGCUAGGGCUCUGGGCAGGAUGCUUUCUGGUAACAGGAAGGAAAAAGUCAUUCUCGAUUUCGGAGGAGGCACUGGUUUAGUUGGAGAAGAGUUGAAGAAAGAAGGAUUUGAGAAAAUGGAUAUUUUGGAUUCAUCUGACAAGAUGCUAGAAUUUGCAAGACAGAGGCGAGUUUAUCAGAAUGUGAUUACGGCGGAAGUAAAGGGACAUAACUCUACGCCUCUCGCGGGAGAUAGUUACGAUGCUGUCCUCGGUGUAGCUGUUUUCUGUACUGUUGGGCCAAGCUUCGCGUGUUUUGACAUCAAAGAGAUGAUAAGACUCACUAAACCAGGUGGAAUACUCCUGGUCAUACUGCGGACAGAGACCCUGUACUCCCACUUGUUCAGGGACAAACUGUUACCAUUGUUUGAACAUCUACAGUCGGAAGGAACGUGGAAACAGCUAGAGCGGUCUCAGUUUAAAUAUAUGUAUGGCGUUGAGGGACAGUUAUUUGUUUAUCAAAUAUUAUAAAGUGUUCCAAAACAAUAUUUC